AUGUUUUCGAAGCGACUUCUUCGGCUCCCUUCGAUCUACCGAGCAUCUUUUCUUCGCGCCACUACACCAGCAUCGGCUCAGGUCAUCACCAUGACCUCCCAGGACCGCGCCGCCUCUUCGGCACCGAGGACGCCACUGGUGCCCCGCGAAUUUCCAUCCAGCGGGUUCGAGAUCAUCGGCGCGUCGGUCAAGGUCGAGGAGGAAACGUUGCCCUUUUACAACCCGAGGCUGUUCUAUCCCGUGCGUAUCGGCGAAGCCUUCGGCGACCGGUAUCAGGUCGUUGCCAAGCUUGGCUACGGCACGACCUCGACGACGUGGCUUUGUCACGAUCUCGUGGAUCACCGAUAUGUGACGUUGAAGGUGCAUGUCAAUGCUCUGACUUCGAACCGAGAGCUGGAGGUCUAUCAGCAUCUGAAGGGUGUCGAGUCAGAUCACCCAGGCCGCGAAAUGAUUCGGAUGCUCAAGGAUUCUUUCAAGCUGCAAGGACCACAUGGUACACAUGAGAUUUUCGUCUUGCCUCCACUGGGCCUGAGUCUGGGGGCUUUCCAAGACAUGAUGCCGCGCCACGUCUUCGCUCAGACAAUCGUAGCGAUAACCCUCCAGCGAGUCCUGGCUGCUCUCGACUUCCUCCACGGCCCUGCAAAUCUUACCCAUACCGAUAUCCAUGCGGGCAAUCUCCUCAUCGGCAUCGACGACGAGUCGCAGCUUGCGGAAUUUGAGGAGGCCGAGCUCGUUAGACCAUCAUCGAGGAAGAUGGUCGACGGCAUCACAAUUCAUGUUUCUCAGUUCAUGUUGAAAAGCUUUGGCCCACUCUAUCUCUGCGACUUCGGCGAUGCUCGGGUUGGUAGCGAGCACGAGGGGAUUGCUAUGCCCAUCCAGUAUCGAGCGCCGGAGAUCAUUCUCGACAUGCCCUGGAGCCACUCGGUAGAUAUGUGGAGCGUCGGACUCCUAGCCUGGGAUCUCCUCGAACCGGAAAGUCUGUUCCGUCUCUACGAUGCUAACGAUCCAGCACGGAACGAAGCGCAUCAUCUGGCCAAUAUGAUUGCCCUCCUCGGUCCCCCGCCAUUGGAAUUCCUGGAGAGGAGCUCGAAAUCACGCGAAUACUGGGACGAGAACGGCAACUGGAGAGGCAUCGUUCCUAUACCCACGGAGAGGAACCUGGACUCUCUCGCGACGUCGUUGGAGGAAGGUAAAGAUAGGGACGAGUUUCUGGAUCUUGUUCGAGGAUUGCUCCGCUGGCUUCCCGAGGAGCGACUCAACUCCUACGAGGCGUUUUCGCAUCCCUGGGUCUCGGGGUCUUGA